GCGUUGUAGGGGUUAAGUGGAACGUAGCCCUUGUCAUUAAAAUGACAAUAAACUAUUUGACAAACAUUGUUUAGUGAAUUUUGGAGUGUAGCCGACAAAUAUUACCAAAAUAAUCUAAUUCAAUUAGGAUACUAAUAUACUUACGAUUAAUACUAAUAAUCUUUCGUAACCAAUAUGAUGGAUUGCGUGGAAGAUAGCACAAACGAUCCUCUAUCAGUUCCAGUGGAUUCCUCCCCACCUAGUGGAGAUGUCAAAACAGACAAGAAAAAACCCAGCGAAAAUGUAUCCUUAACUGACAACAGCUUGCUGGUGGACAUAUCAGAUGCAUUAAGCGAAAAGGAAAAAGUAAAGUUCACAGUUCACACGAAAACAACUCUGCCCGAGUUUCAGAAGUCUGAGUUCUUUGUAGUGCGACAGCAUGAGGAGUUUGUGUGGCUCCACGAUAGAUACGAAGAGAAUGAAGAGUAUGCUGGAUAUAUUAUUCCGCCCGCGCCCCCGCGGCCCGAUUUCGAUGCGUCUCGCGAGAAACUACAGCGGCUGGGAGAGGGUGAGGGCGCUCUCACACGCGAGGAGUUCCUCAAGAUGAAGGAGGAGCUUGAAGAAGAAUACCUGGCAACGUUCAAGAAGACGGUAGCAAUGCACGAAGUAUUCCUACAGCGGCUGGCAGCUCACCCAGUGUUCAGGAACGACGCUCAUCUGAGGGUGUUCCUGGAAUACGAACAGGACCUGUGCGCUAAGCCCCGGGGGAAGAUGGAUCUCAUUGGUGGUCUGGUCCGGUCAAUGACUACAACAACGGACGAGAUCUACUUAGGUGCGACAGUGAGGGAUGUCAAUGACUUCUUCGAGCAGGAGACGGCCUUCCUACAGGAGUACUACUCGCAUUUGAAGGAGGCUGUGGCAAGGGUGGACCGUAUGACGUCCAAGCAUAAGGAGGUAGCAGACGCUCACAUAAAGCUGUCGUCAUGUAUCACUCAACUGGCUACCCGGGAACAACCCCCCACAGAGAGGUUCCUUACAAGGGCAGCUGAGACGUUCGAUAAGUGUCGGAAAAUCGAAGGUCGAAUGGCAUCAGAUCAAGACCUGAAGUUGGCAGACACACUACGCUAUUAUAUGAGAGAUGCCCACGCGGCCAAAGCGGUACUUGUUAGGAGACUGAGAUGUCUAGCUGCAUACGAGACAGCUAAUAGGAAUCUGGAGAAAGCAAGAUCGAAGAAUAAGGACGUCCACGCUGCGGAGCAGGCGCAGUCGGAGGCGUGCGCGCGCUUCGAGCAGUUGUCGGCGCGGGCGCGCGAGGAGCUGUUGGACUUCCGCGUGCGCAGGGUGGCCGCCUUCCGCAAGAGUUUGAUAGAUUUGGCGGAACUCGAGAUCAAACACGCCCGCGCUCAACAGGAGCUCUACAGGAAAUCCCUUCAAGUUCUCAAGGAAUGCCAAUAAAUACAGCUUUUUAAUAAUAAAAUAUUUUCAAUUGGA